AUGUUUAUGUAUUCCAAAUUAAUCAAAGAAAUUAUUUUGGAAAUGAAAUAUGAGAAAAAGGUACCCGAGGAAUUCAUUGAGUUUUGUAGCUCAAAAUAUUCGACAGAUAAAUCUGUGUUAAAAUCGAUCGAAGAAUUUAAAUCCGAUUAUUGUGUUGAGAAAUCCGUUCAAUGGUACACCAAAGAAUGUUUCAUUUAUCCAAUGCUGAAUAAAGCACUGAGAACAUUGGAUAAUGAAACUAUUUAUCAAAUGGGCUUCUUUAUUCAAGGUCUUCUUCAACAAAUAAAACAAAUUCAUUCGAAAGAAAAAUAUCAAUCUUCGUUUAUUGUUUGGCGUGGACAGGGUAUAUCGUCUCUACAUUUCGAAAAAUUGAAAAGCUGUACUGGUGGUCUGCUCUCAUUCAAUAGUUUUCUCUCAACAAGUCGAAGUAGACGUAUUGCUUGGAAAUUUGUUAGCAAUGUCCAAAAGAAAAAAGAAGAAAGGGAAGACAAAGCACUUCUAUUUCAAAUUAAAGUGGAUCCAUCAAUCUCGCAGACACCUUUCGCUGACAUAGACGAUAUUAGCCAUCACUAUGAUGAGAAAGAAAUUCUUUUCUCGAUGCACACUGUAUUUCAAAUCGAUGGAAUGAACGAAAUUGAAAGUUCCACAUGGGAAAUCAAUUUAACAUUAACAACAGAUAAUGAUCCACAGCUUAAACGUUUGACUGAUUGUGUGCGAAAAGAAAUCGAAGGUGAAACGAGUCUACAUCGACUUGGUAAUUUAAUGUACAAGAUGGGAAAAUUCGAUAAGGCUAGCGAGAUAUACGAGAAACUGGUAGAUAUGACAGCUAAUAGUGAUCAUAAAAAACUGGCUUAUCUUCAUCAUCAACUCGGUUCGAUCAAUUCUGAAAAUCAUGAUUUGAAAAGUGCUCUCUUUCACUAUAAAGAAUCUCUUCGUUUAUAUUUAUCAUGUUUAUCGGCAGACGAUUCUCAACUUUCUGCAACUUAUUCUAAUAUAGGACUGGUUCUCCAGAAACAAGGUGAACUCAAUGUAGCACUUGAACAUUUUAAACGCGCGCUUACUAUCGAUCUUAAAGCGUCACAUCCUGAUCAGUGUAAGAUAGCUACUCAUUACAACAAUAUUGCUGGAAUACUGAAAGCUCAAGGCAAAUAUGAUGAAGCCCUAAAAAAGUAUGAAGAAUCAUUGAAUAUUCGUCUUCAACAAUAUCCACCUGGACAUCCAUCCCUCGCUAUUGCGUAUAAUAAUCUCGGUGGAAUUCAUUGCUCGCUGAGAAAUUAUUCUGAUGCUCUUGCCUACUACCGAAAAACACUAGAAAUUCGACAAAAAUCUCUACCAUUCAAUCAUCCAUCAUUAGCCAUUACUCAUAGUAAUAUAGCUAUGACUUUGGAAGAUCUCAGUCGUUUUAAAGAAGCUAUUGAACACGCAGAAAAAGCUGUUGAUAUUGCAAAGCUUACGUACGCUACUGACCAUUCUGUAGUGCAAGGAUAUCGACAACAACUAGAGAAACUUCGACAAAAAGUAACUUAG